AUGGAUCUUACAGCAGUUCAAAUGGAGAAGUUGGCUGACCUCUUAAGGGCACCAGAGCCUGAGGUCUUACAAGGAGAGGAUUUUCCAGCUACAAACUAUGAAGUUAUUUCAAACAGGGAUGGAAAAACAUCUCUAAACCUAGACGUUCCAAAAACCCCGAAAACGAUUGAAGAAUUUGAACAACAAGAAGCGGAAGAAGCUGAAAACAUGGGGAAAGUGGGUUUUGGUUCAGGCGAUCGAAAAACUCCUGAGUAUACAAUGAAUUACCAGCAAUCUGUUUCUGCUGAGGACGUGUUUUUGCAAAUGGGACCCAAAACGCCAUCUUCGGCCAGUUGCGAGAACCUUAUUGUCAGGGUUAAGAUGCCGGGCGAUAAGAAAGAGAACGUUGAUCUCUCCGUCGAAAAAAACAGCGUGACAAUCAACUCUUCGCAGUAUUAUUUAAAGCUCAUGUUGCCCCAUGAAAUAAAUCCUGAUAAUUCCAAAGCUAGUUGGGACAGCGCUAAAGAGAUUUUAGUAUUGACGUUGAAAUUAGAUAGAGAGUUUGAUUUUGUUAAUUUCUGA